CAAAGCUAGGUCACAACGCGGCCUUCCUUCCAAGAAAAUCACCAGCAGCUUCCUUUCUUAAAGAAUGCACAUAUAUAGGCAAUAGCUGAGGAGAACGAUCUCGUAUUUCAUCUUGAAAUCCUUCCCUUUCCCUUUGAACAUCUCUAGUUUGUUCUUGUGAUUUCCCUGUUUGGAAGAAGGUAUGGCAGAAGCAGUCGUUUCUGACCUUCUUCAAGUAGUUUUCGAAAAACCAGCCUCCCCAAUCCUAGAACGGUAUGGAUUGUUGUCGGUUGUUCGCGAGGAGAUGGAAAGUCUAAGGAGUACGUUAUCAAUGAUACAAGCCGAAGAUGCUGAGGAGCGGCGAGUAAAGGACAAGGCGCUUCGGAAUUGGCUGGGAAAGCUUAAAGAUUCAGCUUAUGAUGCUGAUGAAAUAUUGGAUGAAUUCACGGCGGAAUCUCUACGCAGACAAGUGGAGAUUCGGGGGCGUGUUACAAACAAGGAUGGAUCCUACUGAAAGAACCAUAAAAAAAAAUUCUCCAGUCAUAGCUCAAGAGUGGAGUUAGGGGCUCAGGUACCACUUUUAGGGCAUGACACACAUAAUCCCACAUAUGGGUUUCAUAAAUUGGGUGCGAGUUUUACUUGCUAUAGAUUUGAUUAUUUCUAACUUCUGUACUUGAAAUCUUGAAUUGAGUUUUAGUUUUCAGGAUUCCAAUUAUGUAGAUUUCGAAGUCUUUAUAAUUGGAUAUUUCAAUUAUGUAGAUUUUGAAGUCUUUAUAGUUGGUCCUUCAGUUUUUUCUAUAUUUCUAUUUCAAUUUUUUCUUUUUAAAUUGAGAUAUGGAUGAAUAUGAAUUGCUGAAAAGAAUAGAGCCCAUUUUUUAUUCUUAUACUUUUCCUUUUGAAUUGUGAAUUGGGUUUCAUGUAUUGUGACCUAAUUGGAUUGAUUAUAUUAUGAUUGUUCUCAUUCUCUUAGGAAGGACAGAUAUUUCAAUGAACAUCCAUUUCGUAUUUUUGUUCACUUUGUAAUGCCUCGUUUUGAAGGUCGGCAUUUCUAACCAUUUGAUUGGUUGUCCACAAUACCUCAUUAGAUUGUUAGGAUUGUUUGAUCAUCAAGACUUUUGGACUGUGGCUUAUAUAGGUAUAUGAGAAGAAGUUACAUCGAAUUAGAUAGCUCCAUUAGGUAACGAGUUGCAACCUCGAUCACCAUACAUGUCUACGGUGGAGAUUAGAGUGAACGUAAUUUGAGGCCGUUUACACUCGACUUGUUAUAACCAGGUCUAGCAAAUAAGGUGCCGCCACGUGUUGGCAGACUUGUAAAG